GUGGUUCAAGAUGGCGGCGCCCAGUGGCACAGUGAGCGAUUCGGAAAGUAGUAACAGCAGUAGCGAUGCGGAGGAGCUGGAGCGGUGCCGCGAGGCGGCAAUGCCGGCCUGGGGCUUGGAGCAACGCCCUCACGUGGCAGUGAAGCCAAGAGCCGGUGCUGCAAAUAGCCAGUUGUCAACCUCCCAACCGAGCCUCAGGCAUAAGGUGAAUGAGCAUGAACAAGAUGGCAACGAGCUUCAGACCACCCCUGAAUUCCGAGCCCACGUAGCCAAGAAGCUGGGAGCCCUGCUGGACAGCUUCAUUACCAUCUCAGAAGCAGCAGAGGAGCCAGCAAAAGCUAAGGUACAGAAAGUCGCUUUGGAGGAUGAUGGUUUCCGCCUUUUCUUCACAUCUGUCCCUGGAGGCCAUGAGAAGGAAGAGUCUCCCCAACCCCGCCGAAAGCGACAGCCCUCCAGCUCCAGCAGUGAGGACAGUGACGAGGAGUGGCGGCGGUGCCGAGAGGCAGCUGUGUCGGCGUCCGACAUCCUGCAGGAGUCAGCCAUCCACAGCCCUGGCACAGUGGAGAAGGAGGCAAAGAAGAAAAGGAAGUUGAAAAAGAAAGCCAAGAAGGUGACCAGUGUCGACUCGGCUGUCGCUGCCACCACCCCCACCAGCAUGGCCACAGUCCAGAAGCAGAAGUCAGCUUCCAGGUCUCUGCUGGUCCCUAGGAAGCACUUUGACCUCUGCUUCCCCUUCAAAUGCUGUGGAUCAAGCCUCCCCAACCCCACCAUCCCACCAAAGGGGGCUGCUGACCGAGAGAGCUCACUCAGCCAGAGAGCCAGCUGUUAAACACUAGUCAACACCUCACUGAUGCUGUUCCUUCUACCUGAAACACCUCGCAUUGCCGGUGAGCUCUAAAGACAAAAGGACCUGGGUCUGCAUUUCCCAAAGGCAAGAAUCUGGUAUCACCUGCAUAUUAUUUGCCCAUAUUUGAGCACCACUGCCUUUUGCAUUAUUUACUUAGCAGUUUUGCUCCUGUCAACUCACUUUUUUAAAACUAAACUUAUUUUAAAAAGAAAAGUUUUGGCCGGGAGCGGUGGCUCACGCCUGUAAUCCCAGCACUUUGGGAGGCCGAGGUGGGCAGAUCACCUGAGGUCGGGAGUUCGAGACCAGCCUGACCAACAUGGAGAAACUCCGUCUCUACUAAAAAUACAAAAUUAGCUGGGCGUGGUGGUGCAUGACUGUAAUCCUAGCUACUCGGGAGGCUGUGGCAGGAGAAUUGCUUGAACCCAGGAGGCGGAGGUUGCAGUGAGUCGAGAUCGCCCCAUUGUACUCCAGCCUGGGGAACAAGAACGAAACUCCGUCUCAAAAAAAAAAAAGAAAAAGAAAAAGAAAAGAAAAGCUUUAUAUAAUUUUAAUACUCAAAAAAACAGUAUCCCGGCCAGGCACAGUGGCUCACACCUGUAAUCCCAGCAAUUUGGGAGGCCAGGCAGGAGGAUCACUUGAGGCUAGGGGUUCAAGACCACUUGAGGCUAGGGCCAACAUGGUGAGACCCCGUCUCUACUAAAAAUACAAAAAUUAGCCAGGCAUAGUGGCACGUGCCUGUAAUCCCAGCUACUCGGGUGGCUGAGGAACAAAAAUCACCUGAAUCCAGGAGGCGGAGGUUGCUGCGAGCCGAGAUCGUGCCACUGCACUUCAGCCUGGGUGACGCAGUGAGACUCUGUCUCAAAAAAAGAAAAAGAAAAAGAGUAUCCCUUGCCAUAAAUAGCAAGCAACCAUUCAAACAUGGAAAUGAGGCAUUCACACUUGUUCUUGUUUCACACUAAGGCCCUAAGCCUAAGGAGGGUUUCUCUAUGUUGGAAGGAAAUUAGGCAGUGUUCAGAGGGUGUUAAAGACAGACUAGCAACUAAUGGAAACUUUCUCCUCAAUGUAAGCACUUUAGAAGGGACUGAAAAGAGAAUGUUCUCCCUACAUGUACCGUAUCACCUACAAUUACCUCGUGUACCACUAUUUUGCAAAUAAAUGCCAGAGGCAAGAGUACACUUUGAUGCUUUAGCCUAGCACUCAAAGCCCUCCUCGAUUUGAAUCUUUCCAGCCUCAUCUUGCACAGCCCCUCCAUACCCAGGCCUCACCCACUCUAUUUGCCAUCUCCAGAACAUACCCCUAACUGUCUCACCUCUGUGCCUUUGUGCAAGCUGCUCCCUCUACCUGGAAGCCUCCAUUUGUCAAGCUGCUGCUGUCUUCAGGAUCUUCCUGGUCAGAAUCUCCUGCUGUCCUCUUCUGCCAUCCACAGCAAUGUGAGCCUUCACUGGCUGGCCUUCCCUACUCACUGGAGCAGAGCUACGGCAUCAGAAUGCCCUGGACCAGGGGUUAGAAACACAGAUUUCUGAGUCUGCACUCGAAGAUUUUUUUUUCUUUCUUUCUUUCUUUCUUUUUUUUUGUUUUCCGAUUUUUCUAAUUUUAGAGAUGGGGUCUCACCAUGUUGCCCAGGCUGGUCUCAAGCUCCUGGACUCAGGUCAUCCUACCACCUAGGCCUUCUAAAGUGUUAGGAUGAGCCCUGAACCUUGUAACAUGAACAUUUAUUAGUUAUAUCUGGAAAAAAUAUAAAGUUAUUUUUAUUUGGGUGAUACUGCCUUCAAAAAAAACAAAAAAACAGGAGGCCGAGCACAGUGGCUCAUGCCUGUAAUCCCAGUGCUUUGGGAGGCUGAGGCAGGCGAAUCACUUGAGGUCAGGAGUUCAAGACCAGCCUGGCCAACAUAGUGAAACCCCACUUCUAUUAAAAAUACAAAAAUGGGCCAGGCGCGGUGGCUCAUACCUGUAAUCCCAGCACUUUGGGAGGCCGAGGCGAGUGAAUCACGAGGUCAAGAGAUCAAGACCAUCCUGGUAAACAUGGAGAAACCCUGUCUCUACUAAAAAUACAAAAAUUAGCUGGGCACGGUGGCACGUGCCUGUAGUCCCAGCUACUAGAGAAGCUGAGGCAGCGGAAUCGCUUGAACCCAGGAGGCAGAGGUUGCAGUGAGCUGAGAUUGCACCACUGCACUCCAGCCUGGGCGACAGAGUGAGACUCUGUCUCAAAAAAAAAAAAAAAAAAAAAUUAGCCAAGUGUGGUGGCACAUGCCUGUAAUCCCAACUACUUGGGAGGCUGAGGCAGAAGAAUUGCUUGAACCUGGGAGGUGGAGGUUUCAGUGAGCCAAGAUGGCACCACUGCACUCCAGCCUGGGCAAUAGAGCAAGACUCCAUCUCACAAAAUAAAAAGCCAAAAAAAGCUCUCGACAGUUCUGUUCCCUGCCUGAGGUGUUUGUCUCAGGAUCCCGGCCUGGCUGUGGGCCACAGAUGGCAAAAACCAAGGUCCGUCUAUUACUGGGCAUCCAGGGUUUCAUAAUCUCUACGACCUACAUGCCUGGAACUCCACACAUUGCGCAUGCCCCAGAAACGCUUGCCCAACGGACCCCAAUCCACCAUUUCUGAAUGCAUUUCUCAUGACUUGCUGAAGGUGUCUGGUCAAUCCAAUUAGAUUGUAAACUCCGGGAGUGCAGGGACAACGUUGACCUUCCUAUUACUCCCCUCACCCCUGCCCAGCUCUGGUCUGGGCACAUAGUGACCCUCAAGAGUAGCACAAAGACUUGAGGCAAGAAAAACACCUGUAGAAGGAAAAGGCUGGAUCCUGGGAGCGCCUCUGUCUGCUUUGCUGCCAUCCUCUUCUUCAACAGCAAAGGACACGCUAGUUCUAUGCAGCAAAAGUUUCCAAACACGUUAGCCUAAGAAUUUCGAGUCAUGCAAAAAAUAAAUUCCCAGAAUCACAGGGUUAAAAAAAAAUCAGAUUCCAGGGCCCCAUCCUUGUUGUUCCUGAGUCAGACUCCCCAGUCAAAGUGCCAGAGAAUCUCUUCUUUGAACAAACACUUCAGGCAAUUUCCCAGGAUAAAGCAAGUUUCAGAAACUCUCACACAGCUUCUUAGGUAUCUCAGAUAUGGCUCUCGCCCUCCAGAUGUUUACAAAUGAAAACAAGAAAUCUGGUUCCAACAAGCAAAAGCCCAGAGAGACCUCAAAUACAAAGAUGCAAAUCAAAAUUAGUAGAGAAAUAAAUGAGCCGGGACGUUGUACUUUGGUCGCGGGGCUGGCUGAGGUCACUGCCUGCACAGCCGACUGUUGGAAGUUCUGCGGUAUACCAGCUGAAUGGCCUUGAACAAGUCCCAUCUCCACUCUGAGCCUCCGUUUCCACAUCUGUAGAAUGGGGAUAUGUGGGCCUAACUCACAGCGUUGUUGUGAGAAUUCAACAAGAACACAUCAAGCAGCUGUGAAUAUAGCAAGCCGGCAUUUGAUUAAAUGUUAGUUUUCGUCCUAAGAAGAAUAGCUAAUAUUUCUGAGCACUUACGGCCGAGCCCUGAGCUAACAUUUACUUGCUCCUUUAACUCCCACAACAACCCAACGAGGUAGGAUCUAUUAUUAUCCCCAUUUCACAGAUGCGGAAAUUAAGGCACAGAAAGGUUAAAAAAAAAAACAUGCACAGGCCAGGCAUGGUGGAUCACCCCCUGUAAUCUCAGCACUUUGGGAGGUGGAGCCUGGAGGAUCACUUGAGGCCAGGAGUUUGAGACUAGCCUGGGCAACAUAGCAAGACCCUGUCUCUAUUAAAAAAAAAAAUUUAAAGCUGAGUGCAGUGGCUCACGCCUGUAACCCCAACACUUUGAGAGGCUGAGGCAGGUGAACUCUUGAGCCCAGGAAUUCAAGACCAAACUGGGCAGCAUAGUGAGAUCCUGUCUCUUAAAAAAAAAAAAAUCAGCCGGGCGUGGUGGUGCAUGCCUGUGAUCCCAACUACUCCGGAGGCUGAGGUGGGAGGAUCACUUGAGCCCAGGAGUUUGAGGUUGCAGUGAGCUAUGAUUGUGCCAUUGCGCUCCAGCCUGCACAACAGAGAAAGGUCUGUCUUAAAAAAAAAAAAAAAAAAGAAAAAAGUACCCAACGUCUCCCAACCAGGAAAUGGCGGAGCUGGGAUUAGAGCCUCGAAAACCUAUCCUGUGGCCCCAGGAGGAAAUAGCCUCACGGGAGCAAAACCACCAGGUGUUUAGGGCUCAUGGAAAUUAUACAUUGGCUUCUUUGGGAAAAGUGGCCCAUUCAGCUGAGCAGGACCCAAAAUAGCAAAAGGGCCAAGGACAGCCCGCCUGCCCUAGGUGUGGCCCCAGCCAGGAUUCCUAGCCCUGCGACUUUUCCCAGAUUGGCCAACACACAUCUGAACCCCUGGGAUCAGGAAGUGCCAAUGGCUGGGUCUUGCUAAAGCCAUUUACUGUUGACAGAUAUCCCACCGAUGGCCAAGUGCCAGUUAGUCACGGCUUCAGUGCAGCACCUCAUCCCUCCCAGAAAACCAUGGCUCUGGACUCCACCCACUGAAAACAGGGCUUUUGUGGGAAUACAGUGGGACAAGAAGAAAAACAUGCUGAACCUGAUCUCCAUGGGACCUGAUGUGGAGUCAUGUUCAUUCACAUCCCUGGCUUGCAGCCUCUCCACUCACAAGUUAUUGAUAAUCGAAAAAAUAAAACAACAUGCGAUCGUAUUUCUGGGCAGAUAGAAUGCAAGAGCCUGGGGCACUGGUUGUUUCUGGGGAGGGGAAGGGAACCGAGAGACCCAAGAAGAGGGUGGACAAGCUAGGCACGGUGGCUCACCCCUGUAAUCCCAGCAUUUUGGGAGGCCAAGGCAGGCAGACACUUGAGGUCAGGAGUUCGAGAUCACCCUGGCCAACAUGGUGAAACCUUGUCUCUACUAAAAACAUAAAAAUUAGCCAGGCAUGGUGGCAGGUGCCUAUAAUCGCAGCCACUCAGGAGUCUGAGGCAGGGGAAUCACUUGAACCUGGAGGCAGAGAUUGCAGUAACCGGAGAUCGUGCCAUUGCAUUCCAUCCUGGGCGACAGAGCGAAACUCCAUCUCAAAGAAAAAAAUAAAAGGACUAUGAGUGGGAGCAGAUGUAGGGAGAUGCAAGGGACAGAGUAUCAGGAGAACAACAGUACCUGUUCUGGGCUCUCCACUAAUCAAACCCAACCACCAGGCAGAGGCAUGGGAGACCCCCACGCACAGAGCAGGGUGGAGACAGGAGAAGCGAUGGCAGAAGAGGCCAGACCACCACCCAAUAGAUGUGGGUAACUAUUCAAAACUCAGAUCAUCUGAACAGAAAAAGGUAAAUGCUAUGAGCUAAAAACUUCAAGGUUCUUUGCAUCAGUGCCCUUUUUUUUUUCCUGAAGUUAUUUCAAGUUGGAUUUCUACCACUUCCAAACCAAAGAGUCUUGCCGAACAGAGACGGAAACAUGGAAGAUUUCAUUGAAGUGGAAACCUGGCAUUAUAAUUGCCCACUGCUUGUAAAAUUCAGGCCGGUGUGGUGGCUCACGCCUGUAAUCCCAACACUUCGGAAGGCUGAGGUGGGCAGAUCGCCUGAGCCCAGAAGUUCAAGACCAGCCUGGGCAACAUGGCAAGACCCUGUCUCUAUAAAAAAUUUUGGUUUAAAGCUAAGUGCAGUGGCUCACGCCUGUAAUGCCAACUCUUUGGGAGGCUGAAGCAGGUUAAUUGCUUGAGCCCAGGAGGUCGAGACCAAACUGGGCAACAUAGUGAGACCCCAUCUCUUAAAAAAGAGAAGAAAAGAAAAUCAGCAGGGAGUGUUGGCACAUGCCAGUGGUCCCAGCUAUUCAGGAGGCCGAGGUGGAAGAAUCACCUGAACCCAGGAAGGUCAAGGCCGCAGCAAGCUGUGAUAGUGCCACUGCACUCCAGCCUGGACAACAGAGCAAGACCCUGUCUCAAAAUAAGUACAUAGGCUGGGUGAGGUGGCUCAUGCCUGUAAUCCUAGCACUUUGGGAGGUCGAGGCGGGCAGAUCAUUUGGGGUAAGGAGUUCGAGACCAGUUUGGCCAACACAGUGAAACCCCGUCUCUACUAAAAAUACAAAAAAAAAUUAGCUGGGUGUGGUGGCACAUGCCUGUAAUCCCAGCUACUUGGGGAGGCUGAGGCAGGAGAAUUACUUGAACCCGGGAGACAGAGAUCGCGUCACUGCACUCCAGCCUGGUUGACAGUGCGAGACUCUCAAAAAAAAAAAAAAAAAAAAAAAAAAUUGGCCAGGCAUAGUGGCUCAUGCCUGUAAUCCUAGCACUUUGGGAGGCCGAGGUGGGUGGAUCACCUGAGGUCAGGAGUUCGAGACCAGCCUGGCCAACAUGGCGAAACCCCGUCUCUACUAAAAAAUACAAAAAUUAGCUGGGCAUGGUGGCACAUGCCUGUAUUCCCAGCUACUCGUGAGGCUGAGGCUGGAGAAUCACUUGAACCUGGGAGGCAGAGGUUGCAGUGAGCUGAGAUCACGCCACUGCACUACAGCCUGGGUGACAGAGUGAGACUCUGUCUCAAAAAAAAAAAAAAAAUCAAUUAAUUUAGCUUAAUUCAACUGCUUCACCUUGGCCUACAAGGGGCUGGGCCACCCUGUCCAAUCCAUGAUCACCUUUUUCCACUGUCCCCCUGCAGUGCACAGCAAGUCGCCUACAGCUCCUCCCAUACCCACAGCCCCUUCCUGCCUGGGACCUUCGCCCAUGCUCUUCCUCCUGCCUGAACCCCUCUCCUAGCUCUUCCUCCCAUCAGCACCUCAUUGUCAUCCCUUCCCUAUCCUGUGGUCUGAAUGUUUGUGUCCUCCCAAAGUUCAUAUGUGGAAUCCUAGCCCCCCAGGUGGUGGUAUUAAGAGGUGGGGACUUUGGGGGCAGGAUUAGUUCCCUUAUCAAAGACGCCCAAGGGAGAUUGUUUGUCCCUUGCACCAGGUGAGGGCCCCGCAAGAAGGUGCCCUUGCUGGAGAUCCCAGACUCUAUAACUAUGAGAAAUAUUGUUUAUAAGUAACCCAGUUUAUGUUUUUUUGGUUUUUUGGUUUUUUUUUUUCAAGGUGGAGUCUCGCUCUGUGGCCCAGGCAAUCUCGGCUCACUACAACCUCCGCCUCCCAGGUUCAGGCGAUUCUCCUGCCUCAGCCUUCUGAGUAGCUGGAAUUUCAGGCACCCACCACCAUACCCGUCUAAUUUUUGUAUUUUUAGUACAGACGAGGUUUCACCAUGUUGGCCAGGCUGGUCUCGAACUCCUGGCCUCAAGCAAUCCUCCCGCCUCGGCCUCCCAAAGUGUUGGGAUUACAAGCAUGAGUCACCGUGCCUGGCCUAUGGUAUUUUUUUAUAGCAGCAGGAACAGACUAAGACAUCCUACUUCUCAGCUUAAACGUCACCUCUGCACAGAGCCCUUCGUGAUACAUCUGAACAGAUUCUUUUCUGUGACUCUCCAUCCCUGCACUGUGUUUGCUCUUUCAGGGUGCUUUUUCACAUUUGUGAGGGUGUAUGCAUCUCCUCUUCCAGGCUGUAAGCUUCAUAAAGUCUCUGUUUUGUUCGUAACUAGAACAAGCCCUAGCACCUAGCAGUGAGUGUUCAUUAAACAUAUGAAGAAUGAAUCAGCGAGUGAUUUCAUGUCUCAUCAUCUCUAAAAAGCCUGUUUGAUCACUUCCAGGACCAGGAAACUCCUGACAUUAUCAAGGAUGCCAUUGCAAAGUGAAAUGUCAUAAACAUGUAGGAGUUGAUUCUUUCCAGAAGCUGGCAGUCCAGGACUGGUGUGGGGGCUCCACAGUGUCACCAGAGCUUUGACCUUCCUGCUCUACCAUCUUCAAUGGGUGGCUUCUGUACUCAGGGUUACCUCAUGGUCCAAGAUGGCUGCUGGACUCUCGCCAUUAUAUCCAAAUACCAGGUAGAAUAGAGGACAAAAGCAGUGAACCUCAAGGCUGAGGCUCCUGGAAGCCUCAUACACUUUUACCUACUACAGUCCAUGGAACAUAGUGUAGUCACGGGGCCACGCCAAAAUGCAAGAGAGACUGGGAAAUGUCUUCAUUCCAGGCAGCACGAUCCGAAUCUGUUAUUAAGGAAAAAAAUAGGAAGAAUGGAUAUUAGGUAUGUAACUAGCUACAAAUGAUCAUGGCAUCUCCGUUUAUUGAGCACUUACUAUGUGCUAGACACAGUCCUAAGUACUUAAUAAAUGUGGCCCGGUCAAACAAGAUUGCCCUCUGCCCCUUCUGUAGCCAAGGACACACACACACACACACACACACACACACACACACACACACACACACACACACACACACACACACACACACACACGUACAGGAGCCAGUUGGGCCUGGCCCCCUUCACUGCGGGUACUGACAUGCGAAGUCUUUGUCAUAUGACUCUGAGCAGGGAGGGAGCAGUGUCCUCUUAGCGUAAUAAGAUCAGGAUUCAUAACAUUAAAUCAAAGUGCUGUAACUCACAGGAAUGUCAAUUUCCUAUUCAGAAGAUAGAGGAGAAUGUUUUCAGAAGGAAAUUGAACUUUAUGGUUUGAAACAUGUUUAAUUUUAAAUAUGUUGAGAGAAAACCAGCUACAGCUUGGCAUGGAAACUCCUGUUGUUCCAGCCAAUGCCUUGGAGAACCAGAGACCACGCCCCCUUCCUCCCUGCUGAGGAGUCAACGAACGAGACCAAAGUCCCCUGUUCUUCUCUGCAGUCAGCAGAAAUCAGAGAAGAACAUCUUUAGACAGUCAGCAGACUCGGGAACUGUGUACUUUGCAAUUUACAAAAAGGGGC